AUGUUUGCCUUCAGAUCUUCCGUUGCACGUGCGGCCGUCGUCCGUCCUGCUACCAUCCUUAAAUCUGCAGCCAUUGCCAGAUCCUUUUCCGCUGUCUCCAAGGUUUCUGCCCUCAACCCUAAUGUUCCUAGAAUUGCCGUUACCUCUGGCCUCAAAUCAUUUUCAUCUCAAAGAUUCUACAGUGUCUUAAAUCACGCUGAAGCCAAGGCUUACAAGUAUGAGGACAUUAAGAACAUCGUCGCUGCUCCUUCUGAAAGCACACUUCUCGUAGAUGUUAGAGAACCAGCCGAGUUUGCUGAGGGCCACAUCCCCGGAGCUGUUAAUGUGCCUUUCAAGUCGUCUCCCGGUGCUUUCGGCUUGUCUGCCGAGGAGUUUCAGGAGAGUUUUGGUUUCGCUAAGCCUGAGAAGGAGACUGAGUUGGUGUUCUACUGUUUGGGAGGCGUCCGUUCUACUGCUGCUGAGGAAUUGGCUGAUUCCUUCGGUUACGCCAAGAGAGGAAACUACGCCGGUUCUUAUGAGGACUGGGUUUCUCACGAGAAUGCUGCAAAGGCUUAA